AUGAACAAUCAAGAAUCGACCUUGCACGCCCUGACCGCCCUGAAGAGGUUCAUGGAGGACGCGGCCGAGAGGGGACAGGGGGCUAUAGCGAUAUCGCUGGAUAUCACCAAUGCUUUCGGCUCCCUCCUCUUCGCGGUGAUAGAGGAGGCACUUCGGUGGCAAAUGGCGAGGCGGUAUUAUACUAGCUACAGAAGACUAGCUAGACUUAAGGGCCCCUGUGUUAAAGAAACGAUAUCGUACAAGAACAUUAUUAGAAAUUUGCCACAGAUUGAAAUCUCAAAAUUGUCAAAUGGGUUGACGAUAGGUACACAAGGGCGGGCGAGCGCCCACGCGACACUCGGGCUGUAUGUGAACGCGGGUCCGCGCUAUGAGAGCGCCGAGGAGCACGGCAUCACGCACUUCUUCGAGCACAUCGCUUUCCAAAGCACCAAGACUAGAUCCAAGACUGAACUCAGGAGUGCGAUGUCGAGCGCUGGCGCUUACUUCAACAGUUUCACUACUCGCGAAAUGACUGUUUAUUUCACGCAAUGCUUGUCACCGGAUGUUCCACAAAUUUUAGGAAUUUUAUUCGAGUGUAUAUUUAACAACAAAUUGGAAUAUACCAUAAUAGAAGCACAGAAGCAUAUACUUUCUCUGGAAAUACAAGAAUAUGAGAAAAAUUAUAGUGAUAUCCUGUUUGACUAUUUGCAUAUGUCUGCCUUUCAGGGUACUCCUUUAGAACAAUCGGUGCUAGGUCCGUGCGACAACGUUACCACUUUCAACUCUAAACUGCUCAGUAGAAUUUUAUACCAGAGAUUUACGCCAAGAAAUAUGGUAGUGACAGCCAUCGGUGGAGUGGAACACAAUGAGAUAGUAGAACUGUCCAACAAGUAUCUAAGUAAAAUGGUACACGUGGAGCGCGACGAGGUGGCGCAGUGCAGAUACACAGGGGCCGACUUGCGGUACAGGAACGACGACCAGCCCAUGGCCCACGUAGCCGUCGCUAUGGAGGGCCCCUCAUACUGCCACGCCGAUUACAACGUGAUGACGUUGGCCAAGGAGGUGGUAGGCGGCUGGGACAAGGCGCAGCUCGGCGGGCUGGCGCACGGCUCCAGCGUCGCGCGCGCCGCCUCCCACAACAUAUGUGACUCAUACAAAUCCUUUUACAUAGCUUACAAAGACACAGCUCUCUGGGGCGCCUACUUUGUCGGCUCGAGGCUGGGCCUGGACGAUAUGGUGUCGGUGUUGCAAUACGAAUGGAUGAACUUGUGCAAUAUGAUAACCGAGGAGCAGCUGGAUAGGGCUAAAAACCAAUUAAAAACUAAAUGGCUUUCCACUUCUGAGAGCACGGUGAGGACGUCGCAUCGAGUAGGCCGCUCCCUCCUGUACCGUGGCUGCCACCUCCCGGUCUUCAAAGGAAUCGACGUCAUAGAGAACAUUACCGUGCAAGAUGUUAAAAGUGUUUGCUACAAAUACCUAUACGACAAAUGUCCAGUUGUAGCAGCCACGGGACCUACUGAAACCCUCACCGAUUACGCCAGACUUCGGAGCGGUACAUAUUGGUUAAGACUUUAA